UCUACUUCCUUUACCUUUGGAAGUCAUUGGGCUUCGGAGUGAGGAUGAUUGCUUACUUGGCUUUGUGUAAAUACUUCUCUCUGGCCAUAGUUGUGGUCAUAGUUUCCUGUGUGAAUGGAAAGGACCCUCUAUUUGAUUGCCUACAAGACUCAGACUAUAACGAGCUACUUAGAAUAGUGGACAAGGGUCUCCCCCACACCAGCACACCUCAUCAUAUUGCCAUCAUUGGGGCUGGCAUGGCUGGCCUGACGGCAGCAAAGUUUUUGGAGGAGGCAGGACACAAGGUAACCAUAAUAGAGUCAAGCAAUCGUAUUGGAGGACGGGUAGAGACGUACCGACCUAAGGGAGAGCAUUGGUACGCAGAACUUGGUGCCAUGAGGAUCCCUAACUUCCAUACAAUUCUGUUGAAGAUUGCAAACCAUGCAGGCCUUAGUCUGAACCCAUUCAUUGAGGAUAACAUUAAUGCUUACUAUUUGGUGAAUGGGUUGCUACACAAAAACUAUCUGGUGAAAGGGGACCCAGAUGUCCUCAACUAUCCGUUGAAUGAAGAUGAGAGAGGGAAGUCAGCUGAUCAGCUCUUCGACUUGUCUUUGCAGAAGAUAAGAGAUUAUCUGAAGAACAAUGGCUGCCGUGCCAUGCUGGACAAAUAUGACACAUUCUCUGUAAAGGAGUACCUUGUGAAGGAGGCCAAUCUGAGUCGUGGUGCUUUGCGGAUGAUUGGUGAUAUUCUGAAUGAGAACAGUUUAUUCUACACUGCACUCACAGAGGCUCUGUAUGAUCAGUCUGAUAUUAAUGAUGAGACUAUCUACUUUGAGGUAACAGGCGGGUUUGACAAACUACCCAAUGCCAUUUGCAAGGACUUGAAGGGCACCAUCCACCUAAAUUCCAAGGUGAAACGUAUCAGCCAGACCAGCAAUAAAGUGACUGUGUCCUACCAGGACCACCAUCUCUGGCACAAACCAUCCUCCCUCACCCACCUGACAGUAGACUACGCCUUGUUGACAGCCACCGCCAAGGCUACUCUCUUUAUCGACUUCCAGCCCCCGCUCUCAGCAGACAAGAUGGAGGCGCUGCGUUCGCUGCUCUAUGAUAGCUCCACCAAGGGGGUCCUGAUAUUCAGUGAGAGGUUCUGGGAGAAGGAGGGCAUCAAUGGAGGGAGGAGCAUCACGGAUAUGCCCUCUCGUUUCAUCUACUACCCCAGCCACAGAUUCCCUAACACGGACAUCGGGGCCCUCUUGGCUUCCUAUACUUUCUCGGAUGACUCCACCCUCUUUCAGGGGGUGAAUGACGAGGAGCUGCAGGGUCUAGUGCUGGAGGACCUUGUCAAGAUCCACGGGGAGGGCAUACGGCCACUCUGCAUUGGAGGGCUGGUGAAGAAGUGGGCGCUGGAUCCCUAUAGUCUUGGGGCGUUUGCCCUCUUCACCCCGUACCAACAUAUAGACUAUGCCUCAGAAUUGUUCAGGAACGACAAUAGGAUCCACUUUGCUGGGGAGCACACAGCCCUGCCUCAUGCCUGGAUAGAGACGGCCAUGAAGUCUGCUCUUAGGGCAGCUAGAAAUAUCAAUAACCUCAGAAAGUAGAGAACGGGUGCAGUACAGUAUAUACUCUAAUCCACUGGUGAAAGCGUAUGUCUGUAUACUCUGGAGAAGAGAGAACACGUACAGUUGAAGUCGGAAGUUUACAUGCACCUUAGCUAAAACCAUUUAAACUCAAUUUUCACAAUUCCUGACAUUUAACCGAAGUAAAAAUUCCCUGUCUUAGGUUAGUUACUAUCACCACUUUAUUCUAAGAAUUUGAAAUGUCAGAAUAAUAGUAGAGAGAAUGAUUUAUUUCAGCUUUUAUUUCUUUCAUCACAUUCCCAGUGGGUCAGAGGUUUACAUACACUCAAAUAGUGCUUCUUCAGCUCUGCUCACACAUUUUCUAUAGGAUUGAGGUCAGAGCUUUGUGAUGGCCACUCCAAUACCUUGACUUUGUUGUCCUCAAGCCGUUUUGCCACAACUUUGGAAUUAUGCUUGGGGUCAUUGUCCAUUUGGAAGACCCAUUUGCGACCAAGCUUUAACUUCCUGACUGAUGUCUUGAGAUGUUGCUUCAAUAUAUCCACCAAAUUUUUCUUCCUCCAUUGAUGCCAUCUAUUUUGUGAAGUGCACCAGUCCCUCCUGCAGCAAAGCACCCCCACAACAUGAUGCUGCCACCCCUGUGCUUCACGGUUGGGAUGGUGUUCUUCGGCUUGCAAGCCUCCCCCUUUUUCCUCCAAAUAUAACGAUGGUCAUUAUAGCCAAACACUUCGAUUUUUGUUUCAUCAGACGAGAGGACAUUGCUCCAAAGGAUGAACCAGACUUGUGGAGGUCUACCAUUUUUUUCUGAGGUCUUGGCUGAUUUCUUUUGAUUUCCCCAUGAUGUCAAGCAAAGAGGUACUGAGUUUGAAGGUAGGCCUUGAAAUACAUCCACAGGUACACCUCCAAUUGACUCAAAUGAUGUCAAUGUGUGGGAAGGAUGGAGGUUGCCGUGUGUGCAUUUUGGGGACUCAUCUGCUCAUGUCGAGGGUGAGAUCUCCUGUCUGUUGGGUAGAAUGGGUCUGCUGCUCAGGAAGAAGAGGACUUCUGCAAGUCCAGUUGAAGUCGGAUGUUUACAUACACCUUAGCCAAAUACAUUUAACUCAGUUUCCCAAUUCCUGACAUUUAAUUCAAGUAAAAAUUCCCUGUCUCAGGACAGUUAGGAUAACCACUUUAUUUUAAGAAUGUGAAAUGUCAGAAUAAUAGUAGAGAGAAUGAUUUAGUAUUUGGUAGCAUUCCCUUUAAAUUGUUUAACUUGGGCCAAACGUUUCGCGUAGCCUUCCACAAGCUUCCCAAAAGUUGGAUGAAUUUUUGCCCAUUUCGUGCUUCACGGUUGGGAUGGUGUUCUUCAGCUUUCAAGCAUCCCCCUUUGUCCUCCUAACAUACAAAUGAUCAUUAUGGCCAAACAUUUCUUUUUUCUGUUUCAACAGACCAGAGGACAUUUCUCCAAAAAGUACAAUCUUUGUCCCCAUGUGCAGUGGCAAACAGUCGUCUGGCUUAUCUGAGGUUUUAAAGCAGUGGCUUCUUCCUUGCUGAGCGGCCUUUAAGGUUAUGUCGAUAUAGGACUUGUUUUACUGUGGAUAUAGAUACUUUUGUACCCGUUUCCUCCAGCAUCUUCACAAGAUCCUUUGCUGUUGUUCUGGGAUUGAGUUGCACGUUUCACACCAAAGUACGUUCAUCUCUAGGAGACAAAAUGCGUCUCCUUCCUGAGCGGUAUGACGGCUGCGUGGUCCCAUGGUGUUUAUACUAGCAUUCUAUUGUUUGUACAGAAGAACGUGGUACUUCAGGCGUUUGGAAAUUUCUCCCAAGGAUGAACCAGACUUGUGGAGGUGUACAAAUUUUUUUCAGAGGUCUUGGCUGAUUUCUUUUGAUUUUCCCAUGAUUUCAAGCAAAGAAGCACUGAGUAUGAAGGUAGGCCUUGAAAUACAUCCACAUGAGGUUGAAGGACACAAAUGAUGUCAGUUAGCCUAUCAGAAGCUUCUAAAGCCAUGACAUCAUUUUCUGUAAUUUUCCUAGCUGUUUAAAGGCACAGUCAACUUAGUAUAUGUAAACUUCUGACCCACUGGAAUUGUGAUACGAUGAAUUAUAAGUGAAAUAAUCUGUCUGUAAACAAUUGUUGGAAAAAUUACUUGUGACAUGCACAAAGUAGAUGUCCUACCUGACAAGAAAUUUGUGGAGUGGUUGAAAAGCAAGUUUUAAUGACUCCAACCAGAGUGUAUGUAAACUUCCGACUUCAACUGUAUUUGUUUAUGUACACUGAAAGACCAACAGUAUGUGGAUCCCUGCUCGUCGAACAUCUCCUUCCAAAAUCAUGGGCGUAAAUAUGGGCCAGUCAAGUUCUUCCACAACGAUCUCGAUAAACCAUUUCUCGCUUUGUGCACAGGGCCAUUGUCAUGCUCAAACAACAAAGGGCUUUCCCCAAACCAUUGCCACAAAUUUGGGAUGCACAGAAUUGUCUAGAAUGUCAUUGUACGCUGAUGAACGAAGCAAAGUACAGAGAGAUCCUUGAUGAAAACCCGCUCUAGAGUGCUCAGGACAUCUGACUGAGGCGAAGGUUCACCUUCCAACAGGACAACGACCAUAAGCACACAGCCAAGACAACACAGGAGUGGCUUCGGGACAAGUCUGAAUGUGCUUGAGUGGCCCAGCCAGAACCCGGACUUGAACCCGAUCGAACAUCUCUGGAGAGACCUGAAAAUAGCUCUGCUGUGAUGCUCCCCAUCCAACCUGACCGAUCUUGAGAGGAUCUGCAGAAAAGAAUGGGAGAAUCUCCCCAAAUAAAGGUGUAAAUGUCAUAUUUCAGUUUUACAUUUUUUAUAAACUUGCAGAAAUGUCUAAAAACCUGUUUUUUGUUUUGUCAUCAUGGGGUUUUGUGUGAAAAUUGUUGAGGGGGAAAAAAUGAUUGAAUCUAAGGCUGUAAUGUAACAAAAUGUGUAAAAAGUCAAGGUCUGUAUACUUUACGAAUUCUCUGUACAUAAUUUUAAUUACAUAUCAAUGAUUCUGUUAUGAUCAGUACAUUUACUAGUUGUAACUAUUAUUGCUUUCAAAAUUAA